UUGUAAUGUGUAGAUAUUUACCUUCUCUCCUCAUGUUAGGCUCUUCUGAGAGUGGAAUAGUAGGUGGUAGGGUUGCAAAACCUCAUUCUAGACCCUACAUGGCAUCUCUUCAAGUCGAUGAACAUCAUAGAUGUGGUGGGAUACUCAUUCGGGAGGACUUUGUUCUAACUGCAGCACACUGCAAACUAUCGGAUCACAUGACAGUAGUACUUGGAGCACAUGAUAUAAGCAAGAGAGAGAAAAGUCAGCAACGGAUUCAAGUGGCCGAGUUCUAUCCACACAAGAGAUUUAAUGGAAAUACUGAUUAUGACAUCAUGUUACUCAAGUUAAAACACAGUGCCACUCUGAACAAGUACGUAAAUGUCAUCAGACUACCUAAGAGAGAUGACGAAAUCCUGGCCAACAUUAACUGUGAAGUUGCUGGAUGGGGCUAUACAGAACCAGAUGGAUGUCCCUCAAGCGUACUGAAGGAGACCAAGGAAAAGAUGCAAUUCCCCUUUGAGUGCAAGAAAAUUUGGGCUGAUUCCUUCAAUAGUCAGCACAUGAUAUGCACUAAAUUUGACAAAAAGAAGGGAGGGAUUUGCAAGGGGGAUUCAGGGGGACCACUUAUGUGCAAGAGCAAACUUCAGGGUAUAACUGCUUUCACCUUAAAAAGUGAUUGUAAUAAUCCCAAGUAUCCCCAUGUCUUCACCAAAAUCCAGUUUUUUCUUCCCUGGAUUGAGAAACGGAUCACUGGAUAGUUGAACGUGGCUCAUAAAGGUUAUAGUUUCAGACCACAGAGGUCAGUCAUAAUGCAAACUUUUGAAGUUGAACCGUUUCCUGUCUGUGAAACCCGUCAUCUGCGGAGAAAGUGAAAGUAAUGUGUUUAAAGGAACUGUUCAUUUUAAAUUUAGAGCCAAGUACUAGCUACUAACAAUGUCAUAAUGUAUUGAAGUUAAAAUAUCUAUCCAUCAAAAAUAUGAAUGUCAUUGUUUUUUGUUUUAUAAGUGAAAUAAAGAUGAGAUGAAAUACACACCUGA